AUGUCCGAAAAUUCGACUUUUGAGUGUAAUUUAGGAUUUGACACAGCUUUGGAAAUCACCAAAUACAUUUUUCAAUUGAUAUAUUUGGUUCCUGGUACGAUUUUUAUAGCUUACAUGUUAUAUGUGUUAACUGUUAAGCAAUGGAAGUUCUAUGCGGAUAAUUUCUAUAUUCGUAUCUUUAUUUUUGAAUUGAUCACGGUGAGUAGAAGCCAGUUAGGCUAAUUUAGAAAGUUAGCUUGACUGUCCGCUAAAGCGUAAUAGACAGUGCCGCUUCGCGGAAGCUUCCGGUUUACACUCGCGCUUCCGCGCUCGAAGUUCACCCUGAGCAAUCCCAUGUUUCCAGAGCCUAUUCCUAAUAAUCCAAGACAUUUUCUUCGGUCGUCUCACAAUGUACAUUCCUCCCCUUUGCCCAAUUCUCGGCCCAUAUUUCAAACAAAACCCAUCUCUUCUCAAAUUCCAAAUGGUUUCCCUGAACUAUGUCCGCGCCUCAAAAUCAGUAACCCAAAUAUUCCUCACCCUCAAUCGUAUGACUUGUGUGAUCUUUCCAAUAACUCAUUUAGCAUAUUGGAGUAAAUAUAUAAAUCUAGUCAUUAUUUUGAAUAUCUUUCUACCUUUUGGUGCAAUCUGGAUUCUAAUAAUCAGCGAUGUUUAUCCAAAUCCUACUUACGGUGGAUUUUCAUCAAUUUACAAGCGAGCUAUUGAUUGGGCAAGUUUAUCACGAUUUCAAUCAUUAUAUCUAGUCAUCUCUAUGUUUUUCACUAUAAUCUUCACAAUCUUAACCUUCUAUGGUUUACGAAAAUUAGAGAACCGUGUGAAAAACACCGAAAAAACCCUAUGCAUCGUCACAUUUUUCAUAACUUUCGGCUUCAUCUUCGUAGCCUGUUUUCAAUUUGUCUGGGUGUUUUGUUACACUUGCGGUGUAACCUAUCCCUCAAUUUAUAUGUUUCAAUUCCUGACCUACGAUUUUCUUAAUGUUGGGUUAGUGUAAGCGCGGAGUAUCGUUUGAAAAUCCCAGUUUUUUUUAGGACUCCAAUAGUUAUGGUUACAAUCAACAAUCAAUUACGUGCUCAUAUGUUCCAUUGGCUGAAAAUGGCUGGAAAUGUGCGAAUUACACCAGUUUCAGCGAUUCCGUCAAAAUUCUUGCCUACUCCAAUUCUCUCGUAA